AUGAAGCCAGGGGACGUUGUGGACACGCCAUACACAGCCACGUUCAGCCAGCAAGAAACAACACCUAACUUCUUCCAUACGUUCCCUCACCGCUCACAUAGCUUAGCUGCCUCAGCUCUUCCUCCGUCUGCUGAUCCUGCAUACUUUCAACACAGUACCGCCAACAACACUCCUGUGGAAAGAGUCCUUUUGAACAAACCUACCAAGAAAUCAGCAUUUACUCUAAUGGAAGUUCAUUUUAAAGGUUUGCUGAAAGGGUUGGUUGUCGGUGCAUCUCUGCUACCAUCUUUGAAAGCCCAAUACCAGGUGAAUACUUCAUCUAAUGUUCCAACUUCAGCAAGCAUUGCCAUGCCUCCAAUUCACAUUGAAGCGGAAUACAGACAGGACUCUUCGGACAGCAGCAAUCCAACCGACUGCCCAACAAAUCCGCUGGUCGAUGGUCUGGAAUUGAGGGAGGGAAGUUAUUUGAAGGCAACUGCUGAGGUGGGAGCAUUCGAACAUGUCCUCACAACUGAUCUCUUGAACCAUCUCGUUUUUGUUCAGAAAGUUUUCAUGAAGAGCAUUCAGAUAACAGCAACUACACCUACGAACAAUGCUGUAAGAUUUGAAACUGGAAAAAUAGAUUUUGAACUUUCAAACCGAGUUCAGAGAUCUAGGAAAGAGGGAAGUCAAUCUAAACCACAUGAAUUUAAAUUACCAAUGGAGAACAGGAUUCCAAAAGUGUUUUUUCAAGUAAAAGUUGAUCUGAAUCUGGCUCUGGGUACUCUCAUUAAGAAUCUGAUGUUUGAAGAAGCAGAGGCUGAAUUUCCUCACCUCGCAUCUUUUGGCACUAGUAUCACAUUGAGAAACGCUUUGCAAGAUGAAAUGAUAUCAGGAGCAUCGUUGAAUCAAGAAGCGUUGCUGAUAACUCUGAAGAGACCUAUUGUAUUCGUACUUCCUUCCGCAUUCGAUAAAGCUAUCCUGGUUUGGCUGAAUUAUCGCAACGCAUACGAGUAUUGGACAGAACAAAGAAUGGCUCUCAAUAAAGAAAUUCAACAAGCUACCCAACAAGUCCUGACUAAACUUCCACCUCUUGCGCUCUCUGAAUCUUCCUUGGGUGUUCUCUUCCUUCAAAUGACUAUCGAUGAUUUGGGCAUUUGUUUGCCAAUUAACCCUUUCACACAGAAAGGGUUUGCCGUCACCAGAGAGGAUUCCGGACUGUCGGGAGCUUUAGUGUUAACUUUAGAAAGUACUCAGAUAUCUGCUUGCUCCUAUGGCUCAUUCGUUAGCAAGGGAAAGUUCACAGAUUUCUGUUUGAGGUUUGCCGAAGAUUUUGAAGUAUCAUGGGAUGAUUGGAAGCCUGAAAAAGCUUCUCAUGAAUGCAUAAUGAAUGCUUUAGUUGUUCCAAACGGAACUUUUGAGAUGUGCUCAAGAACUACUAACAGCAGACAAACCACCGUUUCAACUCAGCCACAACAAAAGCAACAGCAGCCGCGCUAUCAGCCUCAGCAAGAAUCUCCAACAAAGCAUCAAACGCCGUCGUCAACACAUAAAUCCAAAACGAUGCCCUCUGAAAACACUGAGCAGAUGCAGCAGAAAUGUGAGACAACGAACGCAAAGUGGAUCUUGAACAUUUUGUGGCAGAUGAAAGGGAUAGACAUUCAUCUUGAUACCAACAUUGGAAAGCGGUUGAAUGUCGUAUGGAAUACACUGACUUCGUUAGCUGGAGAAGCUCAGAUACAUGAUGCAAUUAUCAACAGCCGCCAGAAUAUAUCAAUUAAGGUGGAACAACCUUCUCGCCAAACUAGUAUAUUUUCAUCAGAAGACCUUCCGGAUUUUGUUUAUGAUUUGUCUCUUGAUCCCAAAACAAGAACUCGUCUGAUUGAAAAGGAGAUGAAUGAACAAGCCAAAGUGGUGCAGGACUUGAAGAGUUUGAGGGCCAGUCAGAACACCAUUCAGGAAGAAGAACGAAAGCUGCAGGGUCUGGAAGCUGCUCUCUUCCACGAUUUCAGGCAGGACAUCAUCAAGAAGUUUAGAUCUCAUCACAAUCCCAGGAAGACGUACGGGGCCAGCAAGUUAUCAGUUCAUUCACUUGAUAACAGACAUGUUUUGAAAACCUCCUCACUAGCCCCAACCAAACACCAACAAGCGGAUUACGAAGCACUGUCCGUGCCUGUGACAACACCCCAACAACCACAGCAACAAGCAGACCAGCCGGAAAAGGAAUUGGAUGUUGCACCUCGGCACACGAACUCAUCCACUGGGCAUUAUAGAACUCAGUCAUUUGACGUAUCGCAACUUCAUUCGUUAGGAGUGAGGGGUGCAAAUGCUGCACAAAUUGCCGAUAAACCAGAUUCACUCUUAUUUAAACACUUUCCAAAAUUAGAUUUUCAAAAAUCAGCGGGACGAGACUUGGUCGCUUUUGAAGAGGAGACUUCGCCUGUUGUCGACAACAGAUCAUUACUACAAGAAUAUGGACAGCAAACGAAACUUCAGUCUGAUGCACUGCCCACAUUUGAUAUACAUUCAGAUGAGGAUGAGGAUGAAUAUGAGUAUUAUGAUGACCUCGCUAGUUUAAAUAACCCAUCUGAUAAAACUGACGCAAAAUUGAAAAACGUGAUGUCAAAGCACAACUUGCAACAGCAAAUAGUCGAACCAGCUGUUGAUUUUGAACUGGACAUCAGAGCUGAAAUAGAUAGUGGCAAAUGUGUUUUGCAUCCAAAAGAAAUCAAAACUGAACAACUGCAAACAGAUUAUGAAAGUGCUAAAAGACCAGCUACGGUUUGGAAAGUUUCACCUAAAUCAGUCGAUCGUCGAACUCGCAAGAGAGCAAAAGAGGGAGUGACGUUCACUGGGGUAGACAUUUUGCCGUCACAGAUCAACCGCCUAACCAUGGCUCAAAAUAACAACACCGUCUUCAUCAUUCCUGGUGUCGACGUUAAGUUGCACUAUAACUCUCGUACAGUAGCUGCUUCUGACGAUCCACUGAGAAAUCAUUCUGAAAACACAAAGAAAUAUUUAGGUUUCAAAAGAGCAAACCUUUAUAUAUGGUGUUCUAUUCAGAAACUGCCUGAAGAAAUGCUGAUAAGUACGUCUCUACUGGACUUCCUUGAACAGGCCAUCGAACCAAUCCCAAUUGAGCCAUUAAAAAGGACUGCUUUCAAGUUAAAUACUCCAGAUACAGAUUUUUUGAUAGACACAGGGAGUGCUUCCUCAAGCGCGCUAUCAAAAACACAACAGCCCUACGCUUCAUUCCCGGUGGAAGUUGUUGUUUACGUUCGAAUUCAACCAUCGAUGGUUCGAUUCACGUGUCUGCCUCUGUCCAGGGUCGAGUGCUUGCUGCGGAUACCAUCACUCGACAUUGUAUUCUCUACAAAAAAAAUCGAACAUAGUCACUCCUGUGAUGUAGACCUACUCAAAGAAGGCAUGUCCAAGCAGUCGGUAACAAUGUUAGACAAUGCAGAAGGAGUCGGCGGGCUGAGUGUUUCCGUAUGUAUGAAUGAUUUCUCGCUCUACAUAUUUCACCCUUACGGUGGUAGGCAAAGAAGAACUUCCUUUACUGUAUCAAAUGGCAUGGAAUCUACAGCAAAAAGCUCUUCAACCGGCGUGUCUAAAAGUACUUUGAUACACGAAAGUAGGAAGGAUUCCUUGAAUUUGAAUGUUGAGUUUGUCAAGGUCAACAUAUCAAGAGGUCGUAAGAUUGUUCAGAAGGAUGCUAGCACCAAUGCCAAUGUCGUCAGAUUUUCACUUGUCUGCGAUAUAGGAUCAGCUUCGUUCAAAUAUGACAUGAGGCGUCUUUUGGAGAUUCUUGCUCUGCCUAAAGCAUGGUACAGAAGAAGUCUUGCCAGAAGAUUGUUCCUGGGAGAGGAAAUGGCUGUUUAUGAUAGUGAAUCGGACUCAGAUGAUGCCUCACAUUUUUCAUCUGAAACUUCAAUAGUGGGUUCAGCGAUUGAUGCUAAUCCCGAUAAUACGUUUUCUUCUGGUUCAACAGUGCCUGAAAAUUCAGCUAAAAUGGCUAUUUCUAAAGGAACUGCUGUCUCAAGUAAAAAUUUCACGAAGGGUCAUAAAAGCUUUUCCCAACAUAAACACCCGUCUCAAAUACAAAUCAACAAAUCCUUGCACUACAUUCCAUUGCAACAUUCUGCCACCAACAACAUGUCUCAACCUCUCAAAACCUUGAACUCCUGGGAGACGUUGGUUUUGUUUUCAGUCAACUUACCCCAACUUGAUGUCAUGGUUAAUAUGAGUAAUGCCAUGGGAAACACAGUCUGGACGACGAAAGGUCUGCAGUGUCGAGGGCGUCUAAUGAUUGACAGUGCUGGAUUUAAGAAUGUUAACAUGUUCGCCGGGCUCAAUAGUUCCAAAUUGGAAGCCAAAGGUGGAAUUAUAGGGGGGCUUAUUGAACUUCAAAACGUAUCUGGACAAGCUCUUGUAAAAGAAGUGCCAGAUAAAGAGCCAAAACAUAGAAUCAACACAUCUCUUCACAUCCUGGAGAUGCGAUUGGAUUACAUGGGGUCCACCAUACUGAUAACAAGAAUUAGUGACUUGAUGGUGCAAUUGUAUGAUGAAUGGAAACUUAGAGGUUUGCCCAACAUCAACACAAAGGAUUUUGACGUUUUUGAUGAUCAGUCCAUUCUUGUUUUUGUGCAUGGCAAGUUAUCUUGGGAUAAAUUGCAUAUGAUGAUUUCCAAGUCGACGACACCUGAUCUUCUGAAGAUGGCUCACAAAUUGGAGGAAUUUUUUAGUCAACAGUUGGUCAGCAGCAAAAGAGUUCUUUCAACUUUUGGCACCUCUGUGUCUACUGCUAAAGCUAACAAAAAAAACUUGGCUAAAGAAGAUGAGAUGCCUUGGUUGUCAGAGAUCAAGUACCACAGGCAUUGGCAAAAAGUGUUUCAACAUUUGUCUUGCUGCAAAUUAGCAAACUUUUCAAAAAUGUUGCCGGAAUUGGGUUCUAUGCUGGGUGGAUCGAUGAACCUCCUCGGCAAAAACAUAACACUCGCCUGUUUUCACGGAAUCAAUUUCAGGUUGGUCAAUUUUUAA